AUGGCUUUGGAACAGCGCCGUAGGACGUCUCUGAGGCUCGACUUGUCUCAAAGCUCUCCCUUGGAAUCGCCUCCGAGCAUCGCAGCGUUGUUCUUGAUUCGCUUCGACAUCAAGAAAGGAUAUGUCGUAUCCUGGAAAGAAUCGAUACCUGGCGUGAACCUCGAAGGCGCCGUCGAGUACAAAUCGCUUCCGUCAGGACUACACAAUGUCGAAGAGGAUCUCGUUUAUUUCAUCCACGAUCAAUACGCUGGUAUAAGUGCCUUCGUCAACCAACCCGCCGCUGAAGCACAACGAAAUGCUCUCAUGUUGGCUGUUGGUGCUUUGGUUCCUUUGAGCUUUGGGAGACUGGGCAAGAGUUGGAGACAUGCCUUAGGGCUAAGGGACCUUGCGAAAAAAUGCGCGGAGGAUAUCACAAAUACACAAGCGUUGGUUGAAUACUGGGACAAGCAUCAUGUCUGUGAGGAUGAUGUCAGGUCAGGCGAUUCUCCACCUGAUUCUCCUGCCGUAUUUCGCAUGCGAUCAAGAGCAGACCGCCCAGAUACAUUGCGGGGGAGGGGGUCUAUCAGCGACGCAACGGGAUCAGAAGCUGCCAGGCCGGUCCUGGCGCCGUUCCACCCUGCACUGUCACUUCCAGACUUUAUAGCAGAAUUUGGACCCCUCAUUUUUCCUCUGUUCAGAGCAUCCUUAUUACGCAAGAGAAUUUUGAUUAUCACUGAGGCUCCGGUCCAAACUGCAUGUGACUACGUCUACGGGCUCUCAUUACUUUCUUCCCUACCGCAAUCACUGUCGCCCCUUUUAAAUCCAGAUGGAACACCGCCUCUCCGCCCGCGACCUCUCUUUAACGUUGGAAUACACGAUAUUCCGUUCCUUUCGGCAGCUUCAAAUACCCCCUCAGGCUGGAUAGCCUGCACAACAGACAAUGUCCUAGCAACGAAACCUGAACUAUUUGAUGUUCUAGUACAACUGCCUCCAAAAUAUUCCAAGUCGGCAGCCCAAAAGGUCUACCCCGCAAUCUCCGUCGUGCAUCAGUUGGCUGCAAAGGGGAAGCCAGCAAAAUUGGUGCCUUUGAAGGCGACACAACGCGACGCUCGUCGUUUCGCUAUCCUCUCCGACGGCCUUCGUCGACUGUCAAAUGUUGAAACCGAGGAUUUGGAAAAUGCUCAUGAUGAUUUAGAUACGGCCUCGACAUUCUCAUCCUCCCCUAUCAUUGAACCCUUGUCUUGGCCUCGACUCGCUUAUACUUCCUUCCUCUGGUGGGCCUCUGCCGGUGAGAAACGUGCUGUGCUAUCUGACGACGAGACCGAACAGGACGAGCAGGACACCAACUUUCUAGCAAGCACUCACCUAGGCCAACUAUCUCAUCCAGGCCUUCAAGUAGAAGAAAGCAACCAACCGCAGGAAAUAGCCCUGAUAGCCUACUUCCGACGUUUAACAACGCUCACCUUCACCGUUCUUGCUGAUGCCGUCGCACGACAGGAAGAAGUCGACGGCAAUGGCGAGCUUCCGGCAUACUACUACGACGAGCCCACAGACGAAGCCGGUGAAGGCGAGGAUGAAACUAGACCAAAUCAACCCUUUACCAACGAAAGCGACGAGGAACCAUUACUCCUUUCUUCCACAGGAAACCGAAAGGACGGUCAGACAGUCGGCCCGGUGCUGGUCACAUCAGCCGACAUGGCCGAGAUGGGCUUGGAUGUAUGGAGUGGCGCAGAUAGGAUAUUUCUAGAAAACCUGCUUCAAUCGUGGUGGGGUCGCAAGGCGUAUGUGGAUAGUACGCGAAUACGAUGUUGCGGGAUUCCAAUUUUUUGA